AUGAAGACCUCUGCCAUCUUCUGCGCCGCCCUGGCCGCCGCCGCCGUUGCCCAGCCCCACCAGCACGGAAACAAGAAGCGCCAUGUCCACGGCAAGCACCAGAAGCGCGCUCUCGUCACUGAGUGGGUUACCGAGACCGCCUACGUGACCGAGUGGGUUGAUGCCACCGAGACCGCCUGGGUCCCCUCCUCCGAGGCGUCUGCCACUCCCUCCGCCGUUCCCACCACCUCCGUGCCCGGCCAGUUCUUCGAGCCCGGCAACUCGCCCUCUUACACCACGCUGUCCACCUCGACCAAGGCCGCUGCACCCGUUGUUCAGGAAUCCAUCCAGCAGGCUCCCGUUGUCUCGUCCAGCAGCUCCACCCCUGCUCCCGCUCCCCAGACCCCGACUCCUCAACCCGCUCCUCAGCCGACCACCACUUCUGUCUACAUCGCUCCCGUCAUCGUUCCUACCACCCCUGCCUACGUUGCUCCUGUUGUCGCCACCACCAGCACUCCUCAGGUCCAGGCCCAAGCCACCAGCGGCAGCAGCAGCGGCGGCGGCAGCAGCAGCAGUGGUGGCUCUUCUUACAGCGGUAAGCUGACCUACUACGCCAUCGGCCUGGGUGCUUGCGGUGAGGACGACAGCGGCAAGGACAAGACCGAGAACAUUGUUGCUCUCUCCGUUCUCAUGAUGGGCUCGGUUUCCAACGGCAACUCCUACUGCGGCAAGAAGAUCCAGAUCUCCGCCAACGGCAAGACCACCACCGCCACCGUUCGCGACAAGUGCAUGGGCUGCUCUCACGAUGCCAUCGAUGUCAGCGAGAAGGCCUUCCUCGAGAUCUUCGACAGCCUCGAUGUCGGUGCCGGUACCGUCGACUGGAAGUUCAUCAACUAA